GGCGCAUGCGCAAUCGGCCUAUCCUGGCGUGUACGCAGCGGGCCCAGCCAUGAAGGUGCUCGUGGGUGGUGGGACUGGCUUUGUGGGCACAGCCCUGACCCAGUUGCUGCGGAGCCGUGGGCAUGAAGUGACCCACGUCUCUCGACAAAGGGGCAAGGAUCGCAUCAGUUGGGAAGAGUUGUCCCGCUCUGGACUGCCCCCGUGUGACGCUGUGGUGAACUUGGCUGGUGAAAAUGUCCUCAACCCUUUCCGCAGAUGGGGUGAUGCCUUCUGCAGGGAAGUCAUCAGCAGCCGGGUCGAGACCACCAGGAUCAUGGCCAAAGCCAUUGCUGAUGCUGAGCAGCCACCCCAUGCUUGGGUCCUCGUCACCGGCGUAGGCUAUUACCGCCCUAGCCCCACAGCUGAGUAUACCGAGGAUAGUCCUGGGGGUGAUUUUGACUUCUUCUCACGCCUGGUGAGCUCCUGGGAAGCUGCAGCUGUCAUCCCUGGGAGCCCAGCUCGUGGUGUUGUGGUGAGAUCUGGGGUAGUGCUGGGCCGAGGUGGUGGUGCAAUCUCUCAGAUGCUCUGGCCUUUCCGUCUGGGACUAGGAGGCCCCUUGGGCUCUGGGCUUCAGCCCUUCCCAUGGAUCCACAUUCGGGACCUGGCUGGGAUUGUGUGUCAUGCCCUGGAGAGUGAGUGCCUGCAAGGCAUCCUCAAUGGUGUCUCCCCAUCCUCCCCUGCCACCUCCAGUGGCAUCUUUGCUCAGGAGUUUGCUGCAGCCCUGGGGCGCCCAGCCCUGCUGCCAGUGCCUGCUUGGGCUGUGCGGGCUAUCUUUGGGGCAGAGCGGGCCAUCAUGCUGUUGGAGGGCCAGAGGGUGGUGCCAAAACACACCCUGGAGAGUGGCUACCAUUUCAUCUUCCCUGAGCUGUCUGAAGCUCUGAAGGACAUUGUGGCUUGAGGACUCCUUGGCUGGGCUGGGUUGGGACCUGUUUUUUUGAGCUCCCUGGCUCACAUGACUUCCCUUGGGUGAAAGAGGGUAGCCCUGCCCCUUGUUGACAUUUCCCCGGCCCCACACAGAGAGUGUGAGCAAUCUUUUCCCCUUCCUAUCCGUUUGUGCAUCCCCAGUUUACGAGUCAUCCAUCUUACUCCACAUUACCCACUUUUGGGGAAUGGCACAAUCCCCUCUGAGGAUUGUGACUGUUGUAUCUGCCAUCAUCCCUUUUCCACAGUGUGCAUGUAAGCUGCCUGGAGAGCAGCUGGGUGGUGUAUUGUCUCUUCCCCUGACAGACAGGAGUGGCAGCAUGAAAGAGGUAUUCAGGUGUUGUAUUUCUCCUCCAUGUUACUGCAAGACCCUCUUCCUGUUUUUCCUCAUGUCUUUCCCCCGUGGUCACACAGAGACCUGGUUAUGCUCUUCUGCUUUGCCUUUCUCAGUCUCAUAGAGAAUAGAGUUGUGGUUGUAGGAGAAGAUCCAUUGGGGGUGGCAGGCGCAAAGGGUGCUGGAUAUGGAUGGCUUGGAGACUUUGCCAUCUGCUUUGUUGUGGUGGCACUAAGUUGCUGUGUCAGAACCUCCAGCUGAGCCUAGGCUCAAGAGUCAUAUCCUUCCAGGGUUUCAUAACCCUGAUGCUGUGGUGGGGAUGAAGGAGAACACUGCUUUGCCAGCCUGCGGGGACAAGGGUGGCAGUGGGACCCUGGACUUGCUCUUGAGGCCUUGGGUAGGUGUCAGCUACAUCUGAGCUUGUGCUAGGGAGAAACUGAGUGGUUCAGCUUGGUGUGAGGGAGUGCAAGGCACUGCUUCAGUCUAAACGGUGCAUAUCAGCUAUUGCCUUCAUUGUAGACGUAGGGGAAUAGGGAUUGGCGACCGGAAGAUCACGGGCUGUGACGGAAAGAUAGACUCCUCCCCAUAGGAGUGGCCGGAACAGGAAGCGCAAGAGCUAUAUAAGCGUGUGACGCAGUUAAAUAAACGGACAUUUUGUAUCCAUCAUAUUGAUGUCUGUGCAUCACUGUCCCCAGGGUGGGUAGAGCCCUGUGUCCCGGAGAUAUGUGGCCCAAGAUAAGUUCUCCCAUAGAAGCGUACAGCAACAGUAGUUAUCGAAUCCCAGACAGGGUGGUUUUCCCCUCUUCAUCCCAUGAGGUGGUACUUGUGUUCAAGGGGUUCCCACUGAUUGGGCAGUGGGAAUACCCAGGCUGUCUGGGCUGCCUCGCGAAGCAGUACCUCUUCUCCUGUGGAGAGCAUUGCAAUUUCAUAAUCUCCUGCUGUAAGGAAAUGUAUCCACAUGGUUCCCUUAAUGCAUUUUCACAUGCCAAAAUGGGUUGUGAGAUAUGAAAUAUACAGAGCAGCUAAGUUCAUUAUAGCGCUGCUUCUGGAGAAAUAUUCCUUGUGUGAUGUAAUUUUGGGCUAGAAGAAUAUAUUAAAAAGUAUUUCAGGCAGGUAAAAAGACCUGCUGCACUCCUGAAGUAAGAAGCUAUCCAGAAAGAGAGCACUCCACAUGUUUCUGAUUUAUACCAGGUUAAUGUCACAGUAGCUGAAGGGUCAGUCUUGGUGGAGUCCAGGCUCCCUAUUCCCCUGCCUCUUUUCUCAGUCCAUACUGGAGACAGAAUGGCAAUCUGAUGACUUUUCAGGCAGGAAAAUAGAGUGGGACUGUCCAGCUGGAUCUGGAGAUAGUCAGCAUGCGCACAGCCAGGUGAACGGGGACUUUAGAAAUAGCUGUGAAAGCAACAUCACCUGAGAUAAAUCUGGCAUGCUUGGAUUGUGCCUCAGUUUCCCGUCUUCAAGUAACUACUCUGAGUUACAGGCCCAGUUAAUUGUGGGGCAAUAUGAUAGGGACAAUCAGCAGUGCUUUGUGUUUAGUUAUUCCAUCUACCUUUUUAGAGCCUCAGACUUCAGUCUGCUUCCCCAGAUGUUGUGGACUACAGCAUCCUUCUGUCAGGUGAGCUGGUUAGCUAGCCCAAUUAGAUUGUUUCUCUACCUGUAUGUACCUUGAUGAUUGCAACAGCUUUGAGUUGUGAUUGGAAAUAAAGGCAAGUAAGGCUGGAGAA